AUGAUCACUUUAUUCCUCUUGAUAACUGGAGUCAUCUCACAAGAAUUACCGACGCCAGCGAGUCUUCUCGGACCGAGGAACUUCAAUUUUCAUCCGUAUCAACUGCAGUUCUUAAAGGAAACAAAAGUGGAACCGACCAAGAAAGGACCAGUUCUGUUCCCGAACGACGCGCCACCAUCUCCCCGACCACCUCUUGUGGUGACAUCGCGACCUCUCAUCGAAUCAAUCCUCAGAAGUGACCUUAAUCCAAACCCACCCAACAAUUCCAUUGCUCAAUCAUCCCAAAUUAAUAAUAUUUUUAAGCCAUAUUUGAAUUCUAAUCAAAAUUUCGGACAAGAUCUUUAUGAUAAGGACUUCUCAGAUACCUUUAAUAAUGUUGAAUAUCAAGCAACUUCCUACAAUACCGUCCCUUAUGCGGAUACACUGAAAAAUGGCGGGUAUAAUGAAUACAUUAAUUAUGAGGGACGAACAGCAUUACCCCCAAUAUACAAGGCAUUAUCGGAUAAUGCCCAACAAAACCUAUUGAAUUUACAUAAAGAGAAACUUUACAACAAUUACCAGAUUAAAUCCCAGCCGAAAAACCUGGAUUACGCAAACCGUUAUGAAAACAACGACGUAUCUGAUGAAAACCACAAUCCUGUAUACGAUCAUAACGAGAAUCAAAAUUACGCAUUCUCUUACGCCGUAAGAGACCACAAAACGGGUGAUGAUUUCUCGCAUUCACAACAGAGCAGUGGUUCGGCUACUAAUGGAGAAUACAGAGUUCGACUCCCGGACGGUAGAACACAAAUCGUUUCGUACACAGCCGAUGAAAACGGCUACAAUGCCAACGUUAGAUACGACGAUGAUGAAACAAAACAGAUAAUACCGGUUAAAGAAAAUCUAGAACAAUUCAAUUCAAACGAAUAUUACGACUAUACCGCUGACUACACCAAUAACUACCAACCUUACAAAUCUAAAUUUAAUUUCAAUCCAAUAUCGACAACAGCAUCAAUUCCAGUUAGACCCGCUUAUGAUGAUAUAAAAGAUCUAUUCACAAGAGCACCAAGUCCUACUCCAUUACAUAUAGAUGAUAUAACAGCUGGUAGUAACAAAGCGGUUAAAUACGAUUCGACAACUGAAAACGUUGUGCUAAUUGGUGGUAAAAAUAUUUAUAAUAAUUUAAAAUCGAAUUUUAUUGUAACAACUCCACGCUCCGUUAAUUUUGUUACAUCUAAUCCAGCUUCGUAUUUGGCAUCAACUAUAGCGAGCUUACGGGAUCGUAUAGCUGCAAAACCUAUUCUUUCGGAAAAUUUCAUCAAUAGGAUCAAUAAAUAUUUGACUUUCAAAUGA